GCUGCCAACAUUACUAUUUUUGAAAAAGUGCACCAUUUAUUGUUGAUGUUUGUGUUAUGUUUUUGAGUUUUCACAAAAUUAAGAAACGUAUGGUAUAUUCUUAAUUUAUUUGAGUAACCACCAUACAUUUAUCCAGUUUAUAAAACAGUACGUUGUUUACAAUACAAUCAAAUGCGUAAUGGAUCCGCAAAUAGAAGCUCACGAUGAUAUUGAUAUUUACGAAGAAUUGGAUGAUUCUGAAUACGAUUUAGGCACGAAAAUCGAAAAUUGCCAAAAGGAAAACGAAGAGUUGCAGAAGCACAUAGAAUCACAAGAAGCCAAUUUGAUAAGAUUAAAGGAGGCCCUAGAAGUAGUGCAAGAGGAAAAAGGAAGUCUGGAGAAAAAUCUAUCGUCUCUACUUAAAACUGCGAAAUCUGAAUUAGAAAGGAAAGAUGCUAUCAUUGCAGAUCUACAACGACAACUAGACAACAUUACGUUCAGAAGGAUAUCAAAUUUUAGAAAUAGAAAUAUCAAUGUUGAUAAAAACCGUGACAACAAUGUUAAUAACAUUAUUAACGAGAAUGUUGACUCUAAACUUGUCGAUGAUAAAGACCACAAUAGAAAUAUUUUCUCCGAUCGUCAAGGACCUGCAGUUAAUAAUAAAAUGAAUGCAACAAACCCUUCUAGAAAUGAAAAUUAUGGGUUUCAGUCUAAAGAAUAUAAUAAGACUGAACAUACAAAUCAUUACGAGAACUUAAAAAAUACAAAUUCGCGAUCAAGACCACGAACAGCAGAUACAAUUACGAAUGAUAACAGACAUUCGAGUACCAUUGAGAGUAAAGAAAAAAUUGGUAACGAGGAGAAUUACAGAGACAAAAAUGCACGAUCCAGAUCGAAAGAUAGAACAAGAAGGGUAGUCGAAAGCACAAAUAAUAAGAUAGAUACCAGUUCUAAAGACUAUAUUGAAAAUAAACACAGAAUUGACCAUGAACGAAAUUACGACAAAAGUAGGAAAGAAAACGCGAAUUACACGAAUCAAACAGAAAAAUACAAUAGUAAUUAUACUGAAAAUACUAGUAAAGAAACAAAAUCGCGUUCAAAAUCGAAAGAGAGAGCGAAAAAGCCUGAAACGAUUACAAAUGAUAAAAGACAUACCAAUUCUAAAGACUUUGAGAGUAAGAAUCGACUUGAAAAUGAAGAAAGUGAGAAACACAUGAAUCAAAUCGAAGAAUACGCUGUUAAAUAUUCAGACUGUUUUGAUAAGGUUUUUGAAGAUAUUAAAUCUCGAUCAAAAUCGAGAGACAGCAUGAGAAGCUUUGAAACUAGUUUAAAUGAUAAAAUAGAAACCAAUUCUAAAGAUUCUAUUAAGUGUAGAAUUCAAAUCGAAAAUGAACAAAAAUAUGACAAAAGGAGAAGAGAUAAAAGUAGAAGUAGAGGUGAAUAUGAACAAAGCCACAACAAAAGUAGAGAUACAGAUGUGAGUUGUAAUAGCCAUGUCGAAAGGGAUAAAAGUAGAGAAAACAAUAAUCGAGAAUACAGAUACAAUAAUAGUAGAAAACAUAAAUUUGUAGGUGAUUUGAGGGAUCACAUUGAAAGGAGAAAAAGCAGGGAUACAACUGAAAAUGAACAGUGGUUUGAACAAAGGCAGCUCGAAGGGGGGCACCGAAGAGAUGUUAGUCCAGGCUCCAACGCAAUUACAAAAGAUCAAGAAGAUACUAGACGAGUUAAUGAAAAUUUAGAACCAAAACCAAAGAAAAUAAGCGUUAAAGAUUACUUACAAAAGCAAAGUUUGUUGAGAACUUUCACUCCUCCGAUAGAAUCAUUACCUAAAGAACAGUUAACAAACGGAAACGCUAAAGACACAACACCUAAACCUGUAGAAGAGACUAAUAUCCUUAAUCACACUCUUGAGAAUGUUUCCAGUGACGAGAGUUUUAGCCACAUGGAUGAAGUCGAGAUAUGCGAACUGAAAAAGAAAAUCAUAAACGAACUACUCCAAGAACAACGAAGUAAAAAUAUCCCUGAAGAGAAGAAAGACAAACCAAGACGAUCGCCUAGAAGUGAACUGAAAAGUUCUAAAUUCAAGAAUGAUACUCAAAAAGCUGAUACGAGAAACGAACUAGAACAAGAACAAAAGACAUCAAAAAAUGCAUCCCGGCUAAAUCGGGAUUCAAGCGCGAAAAAAGAGAAUGUACAAACUAAAAAUGAUUUUAAAGAAACCUGUCGAGAGCACAAAGGAGAUAAUAGUACAAUUCAAUCCUUCGAUGACGAAAGUGGUCAAAAAUCUAUCUCGAAAAACACACGUAGUGUAACAAAAUCGGUAGUGAAACCAGUCGAAUCUCCCCAGAAAUCUUUUUCGCCCCUAGAAAAUGUCUACGCGCUUCAGGAUGAACACGAAAAAGCUAAUUACACUAGUCGAAGAACGAAAUGUUCCCAGAUUACUAAAGCUCCUUCACUAUCAUCCACUCGUAAAUCAUCAGAACGUCCACCUGAGCCCGAGAAAACCAUUCUGAGUACACAUUCGAAUGAUCAACAACAGACUAAUUUGAAGAAUAAGGAAACUAAUUCUCAAUCUGAUAACAUAACGAAUAAACUAAAUACCAAAUCACAACUUGUUAUAGAGAAAAAUGACUGUGAAAGUAAAAGUUCUAAGGAAACUUUAGACGAGGUUUCAAUGGGAAAUAUAAGCGAUUCAGCUUUACAAAAAGUUUCUGCAGUAGCACAAAAAUCUCCUCUAAAAAAUAAUAAAAGAAAACGCAAAUCUGCAUCCCCUAUCAAAAAUAAUUCAGUUACUAAAAAGAAAGUCAAAGAAACUAAUAUCGAACGUACUAGUAAAUUGGAAGAUGAUAGUAAUCAAUUGGUGGAACCCAGUAUUACAAACGUGGAAUUAAAUAAUAGUAAUAACAACAUUAUUAUUCUAAGCGAUGUUACAAUACAUUCCGAACGACCAAAUAUGCCAGAUAAUAGUAAUAAAGUGGAAAAUGAUUUAAUCCUAUCACAAGCAAAAUCUACAACAAAAUGCCAAGAAGAAUCCAAUGCAACUGAAAUGCAGGACACAACAAAAUCAACUGAUUCUAGUGACAAGAUUGCAGAUAAACCAAUCCCUAAAGAAAUCCAAGAUCAACGCUCUCCUCUCGACCUCUCUUCGAGCUCGCCCAACAGGAAGAUAGAAAUAGACAAAGCUAAGAAUUUAGAAGAAGAAAUUAAUAAAAUCAGAGAGAAACAAUCAUUGGAAAUCAACAAUCCUCCAAAGAAGCGAAAAGUUGAAUUCGAUUUGAACGACCAAAAACAACGACAGAUCGAAGAUAUCGAGCAACAGUUGAAAUUAAUGCAUGAUGUUGAAGAGAAGCAAAAAACGCCAGUAAAAAGAAAGUAUAGCAAACGAGUUAAGACGGAAACGAUCACUGUACGCAGGAAGUCGUUAAGACAGAUGAAAAAUUCCACUCCCGGAAAACUCCCUGAGAAUUCUGAUGCCGAUUUGAAGCCUUCGGAACCUGACAAAGCCAGUACUGACACUAUAGAAAAAUCUGCAACUGAUCUACCUCUAAAAACCACAACGAAUGAAAAACCUGUUGCUAAUAGCAAUACAAAUUCUUACGUCUCGCCUACAUCUGAUCAACUACUCAAAACCCGCAAAAGAAUCACCCCAACGCCAGUUAAAGAGGCGCCGGUGUGCUCGUUUAAAAAUAUCCUGGACAAGAAUAAAACCGGCUUCAAAAUUUUCUCCAAAAAUUUGGUGAUGGAAUCCACUCUGAACCUCACCGAUGAAGGAGACAUACCUCUGCUUCAUAUAGAAGAGAACCAUUUCAACAACAUGGAGGACGCUACUCAGAAGACCUUCGACAGGAGCAUUAUGAAUUUGUUGGAUACCAUGAACGUGUCGAAUUUGGAAUGCAACAUGUCGAAAUUAAACGAAUCUGUUGAUAACAAGGAGGUAAACCCCAAACCUGUAGAAGAAGCGGCUAAGAUAGCUAUCAGUACACCCAUAAGUAAACAGGAAAGAGUUGUUUCGCCGGGGAAAAUUCCUAAUUCUUCGAUUCAAAAUUCCAGUAAACCAAGUUUAAGUAAUUCUACCAGUGCUCCCAGAAGAUAUAGGAGAAUAUGUAGGAUAAUAGCAGUUAAAAAAAGUUAGUUGUACAAUGUUUUCCAUUGUAAUAAUUCAGUGAUUUUAUUUAUAUUACCGUUGAAUAUGCUCAGUUUCAUAUCAAGAAAAAAAUCAGUUUGGUACAUAAUCGAACAAUGUAUUUUAGUUUCUUUAGAAUUAAUGGAGAAAGAGCCUUUUUUACGAGUGUUAGUUAAUUUUUGUUUUAAUAAUAAGUAUCUAUAAUGUUUUUCUGUUUUUGUAAAAAGCGUUCUCUUCACUGUAUAGUGUAAAUAUGUUUAGUUGCCAUUUUUAAGAGUUUCUCAGUAUUAGACUAAGUAUGAUUAUUAAUUUAUUAUGGAAAUAAUCCUAGUGGAAUAUGCAAAAAUGCAAUGUUUUAUUAUGUAUAAGAACUUGAUAUUUUUGAUAAAAGUGGGUAAAUUAUAUUAAUAUUGAUACCAGAUUUUU